GUUCCUGCCUUGGGCGUGUUUAGCACUGGCGAUAGGUCUAGUCGCUACGUACGAUCAGCCUUCACCAUUCAACAUUGACUACUCUCCAGAAUGCGCUUUGGUCCUCAAACAAAGUAAAGGUGCUCCUUUCAAGAAGCGUUCCCUAGAUGCUGGUCUCAGCUACAUCUCAGAAUUCGUACCCAGCUGGCAAAAUGAAAAUAUUGAUCAAACUUGCAUACGCUACGAAGAUAUCAACCGGGCAUUACAUGAAGCUCGAAGGAAAUUCGGGGAAGAGGUUCCGUAUGAAAUCAAGGAUCUCUCGUCUGUCUAUCCCAAAGUCAACCAUGUGUCAAUUCCUGCAGAAAUUCUUUUGGAAACUGUCAGAAUUUUGUCUCAUAGGUUCGGUCUGAGCGUGGAUGCUAUUGCCCAUGGAUUACCCCAAAUUGAUACAUCCAAGACAGCCAUCAAAGAAAUCUGUCCAACCUUUUUGCAGCCAGUGAAGUGUGAAAUUUCUCGGUACAGGACACUAAGUGGCAUGUGCAAUAAUUUAGACAAUCCUUCAUGGGGCAGUGCCCGAUCAGCUAUGAUAAGAUUUAUCCCGCCGUCUUAUGGAGAUGGUAUAUCAAUACCUAGAAGGUCCUUCGAUGGUUCACCGCUCCCUAGUCCUCGUGUUGUAAGCCUGGUAAUGCACCACGACGUAAGCGAACAUGACUAUGGAAUAUGCAACAUGAUCGCCGCAUGGGGACAAAUGUUGGAUCAUGAUCUAACCAGAGCAGCACCAUCCCUUGAUACCCGUAAGAGAAGCAUCGAAUGUUGCAAGACUCCAGUGGAUAGGAGGCACUACAAUUGCUACCCAGUUGACAUUCCUCAAGACGAUCCUUUUUACAAAUUCUUUGACCGCCGAUGCAUGAAUUUCGCUAGAUCUUUGGCUGGCUUACAACCUGGAUGCAGACUUGGUCCUCGCUGGCAAAUCAAUGCCAUUUCCGCCUAUAUCGACGGCAAUUUCAUCUAUGGAAGCAACGAAGAGGUUGCCUCCAGGCUCAGAGAAUUCAAAGGAGGUCGGCUUAAGACAUCGCCUCUCUAUCGUCAUCUGGGACUGAAGGACUUGCUACCCAUGAAAACAGUCGAUCCGGAUUUGGGAUGCAUUGCUAGACCCAGAAACAUGUACUGCUUUGAUGCCGGCGACAAUCGAGUCAAUGAACAACUCCAGUUGGCUGUAAUGCAUAUCAUAAUGAUGAGAGAACAUAACAGGUUGGCUGAUGGACUCAGUAAGGUCAAUCCUCACUGGGAUGACGAGACAUUAUACCAAGAAGCUAGACACAUCUUUUCCGCCCAGGUGCAGCACAUCACCUACAAUGAAUUUUUGCCGAUGGUAUUAGGACACCAAACUGUGAAGAAGUACGAUCUGAUACCUCUGGCCAAAGGUUAUUAUCAAGGUUACAGCCCCGAAAUAAAUGCUGGUAUUCGAGCUGGUUUCCAAGCUUCAGCCUUCAGAUUUGGUCACAGUCUUUUACCAGACGUCACGGAACGGUACAACAAAUUCCACGAGAGAAUAGAGGCCAUCCGACUUUCUCGACAGCUGUUGCAACCCUACGAUCUUUACAAGCCUGGAAUCGUGGACACUUUCAUCUUGGGGUUGAUCAAUCAAGAAGCAUACAGGAUGGAUCCCGCUAUCACAACUGAGGUUACUAAUCAUCUAUUCGAGAAACCCGGAGAUAGCUUCGGUAUGGAUCUUGCUGCUGUAAACGUCCAGCGAGCUCGAGAACAUGGCAUUCCCGGCUACAACAGAUAUAGAGAAUAUUGUGGACUGCCCAAAGUCAGAGACUUCCAUGAUCUGGCAGGUAUCAUUCCUAAUGAUACCAUCCACAAAUAUGCUAAAUUGUACAAAUCGGUGGACGACAUCGAUAUGUGGAGCAUAGGAGUGGCUGAAUAUCCUCUACCAGGAGCCAUAGUGGGGCCAACUUUUGCAUGUUUGAUCGGAGAACAGUUCGCAAACAUCAGGAGAGGAGACAGGUUCUGGUAUGAGAACCAUGGAUGGCCUUCUACUUUCUCACCAGAUCAGCUGCAGGAAAUUAGGAAGGUACGGCUGGCGCGAAUCCUUUGCGAUAACGCGGACGAAAUGCUUACCGUCCAAUACAGUGCCAUGGCGAUGGCCGACCCUCACACGAAUCCAAGGCUAGACUGUGGCACAGAUGACAUCCCUCGAUUGGACUUGAGUAAAUGGCGGGACACGAAUUACAAAAAGUAAAUGACCCGAAAAGAGUGCCUGUUGUACAUUUGCACAUAUUUAAGCCUUCCGAGCGUCGAGAUUCGUAUUAAGCAGAGCUCGUGAAAGUCACAUCAGCAGUGGUUUUAGUUUAGGAAGCAAUUUCGUGUUAAAUUUGUGUUUUCCGAAUUAAAAGAAACUUUACUUAUCAAAAUUUACAAUACAUAUAAAUUCCAACAAAAGGUACACGCAGAUGAAACUGUUAGGAAAAACGUAACUGUAAAAUUUUCUACGAUUCAACUACUUCGGAAUUAUGAUAUUCAAUCUAAAUCUCACAUUAUUUAUAUUCAGGAUCCUUCGAAUUAAUAAGACUUAGCACGCUUUUAUUCUCACUUAGAUACUUUUUGGUACUUAUAUUACUUUCUUUUGAUGCAAUCUCCACAUAGACUUAAUCCUCUUCUUCCUAGCAAAGAAUUAUUUUUUAAAAAAAUUUUAAUUGGAUAAAAAAAAAGACUGUUCGAGUUUUUAGCCAUCAUUUUUUUGCACUACGCUACUUUUAAAUUCAUUUAUGUGCUGAAUAAAGUGAUGUUAGUCCAGAUCUUAAGGAAAACAGGAAAUAUUUAAUCUGAUAACAUAGCAAAGUAAAUAAGUAUUUUUCAAUAAGAUUUACAAAAAUUAAUGAUUUGCAACAAUUAGUUCUCAAUGCUUUGAAAAGCAGCAACAUUGAGUAAAAUGUUUAUAAUUUAGAUAAUUAAGUUUACGCUUGGACUGUCUUAAUUUUUGCACUAAAUUCUUCAUCAAAAAUGCUAUGAAAAAUUACAAAAUAUUUUGCAAUCGGGAUAUCUCUGUGUUCCAUAAUGUUAAUAAAUAAAGAUAUAUGUGUGCUAUACGAUCAAGUUUGCAAUAUGGUCAAACGACUAGUAUGCAAUCAAAAGUUUUUUAAUGUUUCCUUCUUUUUUAACUUGGCUAAAGAUGCAUAUUAUUGAUGUUCGUUUUAUCAAAAUCUACAGACAAAUAAAAAUGAUUUUAUAAUUUAAUUUAUUGCUACUUUUUGGCAUAUAUGUGGUUAACAAAUCUUAAAAGACAGUUAGACAUACAAUUCGCAAACAGAAUUGCAUCUGUGUGAAAGAAAUAAUGACAUAUGUUUACGAGCCUUUGAAGCAGCUAUCUUGGAGAAAAACCACUGCUGUUGGCAAGUAACCAGCUUAAGCACAGCUUAAUACAAUCGGCGCUCCCGUGUGUUUGUACUCAAAUGUUUGUAAAUAGAAAUGUGUUUUAGCUAUUUAUAAGAAUUAAAAAUAGUCGCUUGCCCUUUGAGCGUCAGUUAGAAAAUAUGCCUUUAAAGAACUGAUUUCUGCAGAUCCUGCAAUUGCCAUAAUUAUAGAACUGCAAUCUGCAGCUGUUCGUAAAUCGGUGUUAAACUCGAAGCAGAUUGUGUCAUGGCUGCCUGCUUCUGGUUUUGGAAGUGUUCAACGCUAAGGGCAUUUCAGAAAUUUUGAUAGCAGAAAUUUCUCGUGUUUCUGACAUCAAAAUAUUCUUCAGCGAGAACGCUAUUCAGAAAGGAUAAGAUCAUCCCAUGAAGAUUGAAAUUCACUCGUUGCUACAUUCUUCUCUGAGUGGAGCUGUUUCAGGUGUAAAAUGAAAUUAUAUUUUUACGAAGCUUAAUUAAAGAGCAAGCUAGUCUGUAUUUAAGCUACUAGCGUAACCUGGAGCACUUCUGGUGUUUCGGCAAGGUAUUAAAAUUACACAAAUUAAGUUUUUUUGUAAUGUGUCUUUAAGUUAUUCUUUAUUUUAACUGAAUCUGUAUAUAGGCAAUCAGUUUCUUUUUCUUCUACAGGGGAUAGCCUAAUUCAUAUAUGAGAGAAAAUUUUCUCGUUAAAGAACACGUACAUUUUUCCAGCAUUGUUUAAAACAGUUUUAAGACAUUCAGCAGGCAAACGUUUUUCCAUUUCAAGUGUAUUUGUCUUUCAUAAAUAUAUUUGUCACAUUAUGCCCGAAAUUUUUCUCGAAGAGUAGCUCUGCAAACUUACCAAUUCUUUAAGUAUUACUUAAAAGAUAAAGUGUGUGAAUACGCGCAGGUAAAAUAUUUUCCUGUUUUGAAGUUGACGUCGUGAUAAUGUCUUCGUUAUGCAAGGGAAAAUGUAACUUUACUUAAAUGAAUCAACUUCAUAACGGUUGUAUUGAUAUUGGGGUUACUUGUGAUACUCGGUUUCUUCUACAUACAAAAAUUAAAAUACAUACAAAUUUUUUAACACUUGCAAUGGUACUUUUGCAAUGGUACUUUACACUAAAAUAUUUUAUAACUACUACUUUAAUUUAAAAUUGUCCAUUCAGCACUUUUACUUCAUAUCUGAGAGACUUAGAAGGCUACAAACAGACGGAGAAGUGAAUUUCAAAAUUACAUGGGAUGUGUAUAAAGAAAACUGUAAAAGAGAUUUAAUUUUUUAUUAUUGGAAGAAAAGUUAUUUAUUUUUGAGUUUCGCCUCUUGUUAUAAUGAAAGUUGUACAUUUGAAAUGAGAUAUUAUAAAAGGUGGACUGUAUAAGGGAUGAUGAGAAAAGCUAUGUGUAUGUGUUUCAAUAAAGUUUUGUUAUUUCUCUGUU